CGACACUUAUCUAACGAUAUCCUCUUUUCAGGUUACGGUCACAUAACACCCAAGACACGAGUGGGACGCGGUCUGACGAUCAUCUAUGCGAUCAUCGGUAUCCCGAUGUUCCUGAUCGUCCUGGCUGAUUUGGGCAAACUGUUUACGCGCAGCGUGAAGUUCCUGUGGGCGUAUGUGAGGCGGGUCUAUUACACCCGGUCGUGUCGUCGAAUACGUCGGCAGCAGCAGGUGCGGGAUGCGAUGACGGGAUUCAAUACGGUCUACGAUCUGGCCAUACGGCGUCCGAGCAUGUUCUUCGGCAUGACGGAGGCAACGAGAGCGGAACUGGAGUCGCAGGGCGAGGGCGAUGCGGAGGCGGGCAAAUCGCUGGGCACCUCGCACCCGGAAACGCCCACGUCCCCAUAUCUGGAAACCUUCGAAGUGGACGACGAAUUCAAUUUGCCAAUAUCGGUGGCCACGAUGCUACUGAUUGUUUACAUCCUGCUGGGCAGCGCCGGCUACACGUUCAUCGAGAGCGAUUGGAGCUUCUUCGGUUCGUUCUACUUCGUUUUCAUCUCGAUGUCCACAAUUGGCUUCGGCGACUUGGUGCCAGCGAAUCCGUUCUAUGUGAUGGUCAGCAUGAUUUAUCUGAUCUUCGGCCUAGCGCUGACCUCCAUGUUCAUCAAUGUGGUCCAAAUCAAGCUCAGCGAUCACUUCAAACGGGCCAGCGCCAAGGUGGGCGCCACCAUUGGCAUGAACAUGGCGAGUGAGCUUGGGGAGGGAUCACAGGUGAAGACGCCGUCGGAGUUUGCAUCGGUGCAUGGCUCACGCCUGGGUCCCAUCGAGGAAGAUUUCCACGAGACGUCGGCCAAUGGAGCAGCUAAUCCCAAUACCAAUUCUACCCCACCGCUCACAUCGAUAUUGCGUCCGCCACGCCCUCAGUCGCCAGCAACGGUACCACUGGACACGCCGCCUCCAUUGUUGCCCCGACAACAACCACAACAGCAACAGCCGCCGCCGCCUCCACCGUCCGAAGGAGAAGCAAAGAAAAAGUACAGAUUUUUCUAAGCUUAAAGAUUGACUUGAAAUCUAAUCCGAUCACGAGAGUCUUACAUAAUCUGAAAAUGACAAGAAAGAAACUGCAUACGAAUUAUUUAA